UUCUUGUGUGUUAACCCUUUGACUAACAACGCUGUGUGUUCAUGUUUUUGUAUCGUUUUAGAGUUGCAAGCGACCAUGCGCGCAUGGCUUCUACUCCUCGCAGUGCUGGCGACUUUUCUAACGAUCGUUCAAGUUGCUAGCACCGAGGAUAAUAAUAUAUCAUCGAGAUUUAUCACAGCAAUACAACCAAUUAAUAAGGAUUUAAAUCACACAACUACAACAAAAACGACGGCGAUUUCACAAAAACCGUCGUCAACAACUGCAUUAACAAAACUUGUGGAUUUUUCCAACGUUUUCAUCAAUACGGAACAGGAAAACAUAGAUAAAACAAUUGUGUAUAAACCUCAUAAAAGUGAUAGUGAUAAUAUACAAAUAACAGAAAGUGAAGAACAAGUGCAAAAUAAUAAUAAUAAUAAUAAUAAUCAUAAUAAUCAAAUUGAUACAAAUAAAAACAUUAUAAUUGAAAUUAAAAAUAUUGAAGAAAUCGAACAAAUAAACGAUUUAGAAAACGAAGUGAUUGAAAAAAAUCAUAAAAAUUUAAAACAAAAUAAGAAAUCAAAUAAAAAUCAUAACAAAAUGGCUUUAAAAGAAAGUGAAAUAGAACAACAAAAAAACCAAAAAACCACACAACAUAAACAACAAAUUCAUAGAGAAGAGGAUACAAAAUUAAAUAAUGAAAGUUCCUCUUCCUCUAAACAUCAGCAACAUCAUCAUAAACACCAUCAACAACAACAUAAAUCACAACCUGCCUCUCAACAACAUCAUCAUACGCAACAAACAACAUUUAGUGAUAAUUUAACAUCAGCAGCAGCAUCUAGCAGCACAACAAAAACAACAUCUCAAACCACAUCCACACAUCUUAACGAAGAAGUUAAUUCAUCCUCUUCACCCUCCUCCUCUUCCACCAUGGAUUUAGAUGUUUCCAUUUCCCAAAAUGAUGAUGGUGCCAUUAGUGUGGAAUCACAACAGCCCCAAGUGGAUGCUGUAAUACCCGAUGAGGGUCCACGCACCUUUAGCAAUCAAGAGAUUAUAGCCGAAAAGGUAAAACCCGAUCCCUCAACUCUAGUCGAAAUUGAGAAUAGUUUAUUAUCGCUAUUCAAUAUGAAGAGGCCGCCAAAAAUUGAUCGUUCCAAGAUUGUCAUACCGGAGGCAAUGAAACAAUUGUAUGCCCAGAUAAUGGGUCAUGAAUUGAAUUCUGUAAAUAUACCAAAACCAGGAUUGCUAACAAAAUCCGCCAAUACAGUGAGAAGUUUUACACAUCAAGAUAGUAAAAUCGACGAUCGGUUUCCGCACCAUCAUCGGUUUCGUUUAUAUUUCGAUAUAAAGAGCAUACCCGCCGAGGAAAAGCUUAAAGCGGCCGAAUUGCAAUUAACACGUGACGCCAUUAGUCAUGCCACCUUAAAUCCCCGCCUGGCGAAUCGUACACGCUAUCAAGUGCUCGUCUAUGACAUUAUACGCUUGGGCGUGAGAGGCAAACGUGAGCCGAGCUAUUUGUUGUUGGACAAUAAGACGAUACGUCUAAAUAGCACGGAUACGGUGAGUUUGGACGUACAACCUGCUGUUGAUCGGUGGCUGGCUUCACCGAAUAAGAACUUCGGUCUCAUUGUUGAGGUGAGAACAUCACGCUCCCUCAAACCAGCGCCCCAUCAUCAUGUGCGUUUACGCCGCAGUGCGGACGAAGAACAUGAACAUUGGCAGCGCAAACAACCCCUGCUGUUCACCUAUACCGAUGAUGGACGUCAUAAGUCGCGUUCCAUACGGGAUGUCAGCACACGCUCAAAACGGGCGGGUGGUCAUCAUCGGAGAACACAUCGGCGCAAAAACAAUGAGGAAAUCUGCAGACGUCAUUCGUUAUAUGUGGAUUUUGCCGAUGUGGGUUGGAGUGAUUGGAUUGUGGCGCCGCCAGGCUAUGAUGCCUUCUACUGUCACGGUCGUUGUCCGUUUCCCAUAGCGGAGCAUUUGAAUUCCACCAAUCAUGCGGUGGUGCAAACUUUAGUCAAUAGUAUCAAUCCAGGAAAGGUGCCAAAGGCCUGCUGUGUACCCACACAGCUGGAGGGUAUAUCGAUGCUCUAUCUCAACGAUCAUAGUACCGUAGUGCUUAAGAACUAUCAGGACAUGACCGUGGUGGGCUGUGGCUGUCGGUAAGAACAACUAAAAAUUGGCCAACACCAGCCACAAACGGUUUUAAUUACUACAAUUAUAGCAACAAAAAUCAAAUGAAACUGAAGCCAAAUACAAAUAAAUAUAAACUAAAACCAAUAACAAUAAUGAAACAAAUCUUAUGCUUAAGAGUUGGGCAAAUAAAUGUCUUCCAAACUCUUGGGUUAAGAGCCGGAGACUUGCAAGACAAGAGUUUUAGUUGAAAAUUUUGUAAAACAGUUUCUCAACCCAUAAAAUGUCGUGAUAUUUAAGCGUGAGUGUUCAUCAAACAUCCUACAUGCCAAGUCAGUCGUCAGUCAACCAGCCAGCCAGGCGGCCAAGUUAAGCAGAUGGCUUAUUACAUGUCGAAGAGAGUGAAAAAUAGAGCAUUUUUGAAGAGCAGCUGCUAAAGGCAAGAGCCAUGAUUUCAGGCCCUCUCCCCCCCUCUCUCUCUCUCUUUCUCUGUGUCUCUUACUUGCUCUCUUCUUGUAACGCUUUAAUAAGUUUUAAUUAUUUUAUUAUUUCUAUUUUUUUAUUAUUAUUUUUUUUUUGUUUAUAAUAAUUAUUUUUUAUUUGUUUAUAAAAUAAUGUAAUUUUAAACAGAAAACAAACGCAAUCUAAGUGGACUGAAUUAUUGAAUUUUUUUUUUCUUUGUAAGUGUAAAUACUAGAUUUUAAAACAAAAGGAAGAAAACAAAACAAAAAAAUUAUAACUUAAACUAAAUAGAGUUGCGGAAUUUUAGCUAUAAACAAAAUAUUAAAAAAAAACUAACUAAGUAGUCACUAAAUAAAUAUAUAAAUAUUUAAAGAAAUUGAAAUUGUAUAAAAAAAUAUAUAUAUAAAAACCUAAACUAACCAUUUUGACAGCUAGGCUGUCAAAAAUAGGUAUAGUUUCUGGUCACGCCCCCAACUUAGCCUCUUUUUCAUAUAAUCCAUCUUAAACUAAACCAAACGCUAGUACGUUGUUCUAUUAAACAAAUUUCUCAUAGUGUCAUUUUGUUUUUUUCUCUCACUCCCUCUCUCUGUGUCAUAAAUACAUACACAGCAAUAUACUCACUUAUACUUUUAAACUUUUAUCUUCAUUCUUUCUCCCCCCUAAAGAUACUCUUCUUAAUUGUGUGUAUAGCAACUAAACAUAAAAUUUAUGUAAAUGUUAAACAAAAUAUUAUAAAUUAUAAUAAAUUAAUUAUAAUUUUAUAACUUUUAGAAGUAUAACUCGCAAAUUUCUAAACAUUUCUUUUUUGUAUGUAUUUAUAUAUAUUAAAAAACAACAACAACAAAACGAAAUUAUAAUUUUCUUUUAAACUAAAUAAUAAUUUACCUAAUUAUUUCUUAUAAAAUAAAUAUUAUUUUGUUUGUGUAGCGAAUACAUCCUUACAUUUAAGGAUUCUAUUAUUAUUAAACAACAAAAAAAACUAAAUAUUAGUGUUUAAAAACUAAGUAAUAUAUUUUUAAUUUUUAAUUAUAAUAAUUUUUUUAUGUUUUAUAAAUGUAUUUUAUUUUUGUGUAUCUCUUAAUUUAAAAAAAAAACAACAAAAAAAUUAACUAUAUAAGUUUUAAUUAAAAAAAAAACAAAUUGAAGCUAAAAUCAACUGUAGCCAUAUUUGUUUACACUCUCUCUCUCCCUCUCCUUUUCGCUAAAAAAAAUCUCUUAAAAUAAUGUAAAUUUGACCCCAAAAUUUCCCUAAUUGUGUAUAAUUUUCUAUACCUUUUUCUAUAUAUAUAAUUUCCCUUGCUGUAUUUUAAUUUUAAGUAAAUAUUUUAAGUUUCUCUCUUUCUCUCUCACACACUCACUCACUUUAC